AGGGUGGAGCUCCAGAAGAGAGACGGACUUUGGAGCAGUGUGCCUGGUCAUUUGAUCCACUGACAGUAAGAGGAGGACUAGAGAAGACACACCGGGCAUGAAGAUCUUGUCAUUUCAAACAUUAUUGGGGACAGGAUAGUCUCGGGAAAUCUCGGAUCAGUCGGAACAUUGUCAAUUGAGGCAAACCCGUCCAGAACCACCAACUCCCCAAAAACAAGCUCAGCCAGUAUUACCCAGCCACAGCAUCUAUAACUAACGAAUUUCCACUUCCUCGUGCAUUGAAGUCACUGGGAGGCGAAGUGAACCUUUGAUUUAAGUAGAAAUUAGGAUUUGCCGUUGGUUGAAAACCUGAGCAGCAAACAUGCUUCAAACAGACUCGGAGUUCACCAAAACACGAUGGAUCUGUACCAUCAUCGGAUUGGGCUUUUACCUGGUGGACAUUGUGACAGACGUUGGACUAGCAGUGAAGUACUUCCUGGUUGGGAACCUGGUCUGGGCUGGGCUGACUUUACUGUUUGUGGUGGUUGGCUCAGCAGCCACACAGGUCUUCAGCUACACCUGGUACAGAGAUGACACGAGGAACCCACUGGUUAAUCCUGGUGGAGACAAGCUGAUAUCUGGGAUGAACAGAGGAAGACUGAUUGGACUCCAUGUUUUGCAGAUGGGUAUCUUCACCAGGUACUACCACCUGUUGAAGGCAGGAUACAUGGCAGUGUGGUUCAAGUCACCUGAGACUGUUGAAUUCUCCAGAGAGGUCCACUUGGUCCUGUUUGGUCGGGCGACCGAUCUGAGCAUGCUCAAACUGUUUGAGACGUUCCUGGAGAGUGCCCCUCAGCUCCUGUUCCAGAUGUAUAUCCUGCUGGGCCAUGGACACAAGUCCACAAUACAAUGCAUCUGCAUGGUGGGCUCAUUCAUCAACAUCGCCUGGGCUAUAGUGGACUACCGCCGGUGUCUCCGUCGAUCCUUACCCCAGGUCCAAGAGAUGCCUUCUGGCCUCCCUACAUUCGUCUACCUCCUAUACAAGCUGUUGACCAUCACCGCUCACAUCCUCAGCCUCAGCCUCUUCCUCGUCCUCAGCCCCUACAGUACCCUGGGAAUGGCUGUCGUCUGGCUGGCCGGAACCCUCUGGGCCCAUUGGGUCCGUACUGACUUCUGCACGUCUAAAGGUCUAGAGAGGCUCUAUCGGAUCAUCGUGGGAGUCGUCCUCAUAUUCACCUUCUUUAACGUGAAAGGACAGGAUACCAGAUGGCAGAUGGCUGUGUACUACGUUUUCUUUGCGUUUGUGAACCUCUCUGGUCCUUUGCUGCUGGUUCUGGUGAGGCCAGAGGUUAACGCUACUGAGUACUUCUGGCCGGUGACUCUGCUGAUAUUUGGAGGGACCGUUCUAGGGCUGGCCUAUCUGCUCCUGUAUUAUACUGUCUAUCACCCCAGAGGGAGGAGUCUACAGGCAGAUGAGGUGGAUGGACACAUGGGACAGGAGAGAGAACCAGAUACAAUGCUGAGAAUGAGGAACUUCCUACAGCUCUGAGGCUCAACUUCCUAUUCGCCACAUAUUCAAUGGAGGAGUCUACAGGCAGAUGAGGUGGAUGGACACAUGGGGCAGGAGAGAGAAACAGAUACAAUGCUGAGAAUGAGGAACUUCCUACAGCUCAGCUCUGAGGCUCACCUUCCUAUUCGCCACAUAUUCAAUGGAGGAGUUAAAAGAACAAUCAGGCAUUUGAAAAACAACAAAGGUGUCACCCAGACACGUUGUUCUGUUAAACAGCUAAGGGGGAUGGGUUGGAGAAAUGUAACUGCUAAGACAAACUCUGGUUGGUGGACUGUCUAGUUGGUGGACUGUCUAGUUGGUGGACAGUCUAGUUGGCGGACUGUCUAGUUGGUGGACUGUCUAUUUGGUGGACAGUCUAGUUGGUGGACUGUCUAGUUGGUGGACUGUCUAGUUGGUGGACUGUCUAGUUGGUGGACUGUCUAUUUGGUGGACUGUCUAGUUGGUGGACUGUCUAUUUGGUGGACAGUCUAGUUGGUGGACAGUCUAGUUGGUGGACUGUCUAGUUAGAGGACAGUCUAGUUGGUGGACUGUCUAGUUGGUGGACAGUCUAGCUGGUGGACAGUCUAGCUGGUGGACAGUCUAGCUGGUGGACAGUCUAGCUGGUGGACAGUCUAGUUGGUGGACUGUCUAGUUGGUGGACAGUCUGGUUGGUGGACUGUCU